CCCAGGUUCAUACGGUCACCGCUGCCUAGCACACAACCUCGCUUUGUGGUUUCACCUUUCAACAACAACCCGCCCACGCUUUAAUCCUUUCCCCCUCCUAUCCCUCGGCUGUCAAUCAUCCAAGAGACCAAAUUAAUAAAUGGACAGCCUUGGUUAACGUCUCCUGAUAAACAUUACUAUGCUCUGCUGCUACUGAGGCUGCUACCCCGUUGUUUGUUGUGAUUGUGCUGUGGAUGGUCACCCGGAGACCUCCGCUGCUCUCGAAAAGAACCACAAUCAGGAUCACACACCCAUUUUAACCUAUGCCAUCGAUUGCUACCGCUGCCAGAGCGUUACCUGGCACUCCCAUUAAGGGCUCGACUGCCACUCCCGUCAAGUCGAUCCUCAAGACAGCCUCUGUUCUCGGUCGCAGAAAAUUUCAGCAUGACGACGCUGAAGAGCCAACUGAACCACCUUCAAGCCCGACGAAAAGACGAAAAGUCCUCUUUGACGAUAUAAAAAACGUUACAUACGAGCUCGGACGACGCACAAUGGACGAAAUUAAAUUAGAGGUUCGCACGGCCGUUGAGGACCACCUCCACGGUAACGACGGCCAGUACGACACUAUUAAGGAGCUCUUCUCCGACGAUAAGGAUGCAUAUGCUCCUGCGGAUAUGGAUAUAGAUGAAAACAAGCAUCAUGAGCUUCAAGCAUAUGUUGUCGCUUUGACGGGCUGCGUCUCGAUGCUCAAGAGCAAGGAGUGCAACGGCCUCGUCCGCCAUGUGUUGCAGUGCCGCUGGCUGGGGCGUGAUGAAGCCUUCGCCAAGGUCUUUAUGAACUUUCUUGCAGCUCUUGUCAGUGCUCAAGGCUCGUACCUGGGCACCGUCCUUGACAUGAUGGUUUCAAAGUUCCAAUACACACGGCAGCCCUCUUGGGGCGUUGCUGAUUUCCCCGAAGUUAGCCGCGAUGUGAUGCGCGAAAGGCUGCACACAGCACUCCGAUAUAUUCUCCAAAUGUUUCCCUCUGCCAUAUCGGUAUUGGAAAGCCUUUUAUCCGCCAAAUUCCCCUUCCCCGACGACUCGAUGCAAAUCCACAUGGCUUACAUUAACAACAUGCUCCGCAUCAAGGACUAUGCUCCUGAUCUCAAGGAGGAGAUUUUAGACAUUAUCAUGAACCGCGUGGUCAAGAUUGAUGCUCAAAUGCAGCUUGAUCUGGAAGACCUCGAUGAUGAUAUUACGGCUGCUGUUAUGUUUAGCUUGCAAGAGCAAACCCGUGAGUCGAGAGACUGGGAAGGCGACAUGCUCGAAGAUGAUGAUGACGAGUCGGUUGAUAGCGACGACCUGGACCUCGAUGUCGAGGCAUCGAGAAUUAAGACGGUCAAGGAGAAUGUCGAGAAGAUGGAUGCCGUGCUUGACACGCUCUUCGAGUUUUACACGCCAUACUUUCACAACCCUGGAUCCGACCGUGCGUUUGACGCAUUUACAACCAUCCUGCGCGAGUUUGACCACCUGGUUUUGCCUACUUACCGGUCCCGUCAUACCCAGUUUUUGGCAUUCCAUUUCGCCCAAAAGCAUGAGCGCCUAACAGACGCAUUUUGCGGACAGUUGAUCGCAACGGCUUUCCAAAGCAACACUCCCAACGUCCUCAAGCAGGCUGCAGCGGCCUACCUGGCUAGUUUCGUCGCCCGUGGAGCUGGUGUGCCCAAGUCUUUGGUUCGCACUAUUUUUCAAUUAUUGCUGCUUCACAUUGAACAGUACCGCAGAAAGUACGAGCCCAUCUGCCGCGGACCUGACCUGAGCCGAUUCCACAUUUACUACAGUCUGAUGCAAGCUGCCCUCUACAUCUUUUGCUUCCGCUGGCGAGAUUUGGUCGACUCGGUACCAGAUAUGGUGGAUCCAGAAGACCCGGCUUCGUUUAUUGGCCAGGACAUUGAGUGGCUUGGAAACUCGCGCAAGGACCUCUCUGUUCAGAUCUUUGGCAAGCUCAACCCUCUCAAGGUUUGCGCGCCAGGCAUUGUGGAGGAAUUUGCGACACUGGCACACAAGCUCAACUUUGUCUACGUAUUCCCACUGCUCGAGAACAACAAGCGUAUCCGUCUCACUCAGUACAUUACAUCGACUUACUCUACGGGUGGUGCACUGCGAGAUGCUGGUUUCGACCAGCACGACGAAACAUACCACCAGCUUGAUCCGUACUUUCCGUUUGACCCAUACCAGCUACCAGUGAGCAAGAGAUGGAUUAGCAACGAAUAUCUGUCAUGGCAGCGCGUUCCUGGUCUGAACACGGAAGAGGACGAUGAUAGUGAUAUCGCAGACGACGAUGAUAACGACGACGAGCUUGAUGAAGGCACGGCGACCGAUAGCGACGGAGAUGACUAUGACUGAGAGGCCAGAGACCCCGUGCGCGUGUGGUGUGCAUAUACCCUUGCAUUGACAUUGAACUGCAUUGCAUUUUCGUUUUUAAUUUUGGGUUGACAUUUUGGUGGACAUGUCCUGACGUAGGAGAUAUAGAAACUCCGGACCGGGCAGAUUUUUGUUAGCAUUUUAGCGAGGCGUUUACUCUUUUUUCAGCUGUAUGAUGAGAUAUGCGUCUGUCUCUGUAACGAGGAAAAGAAAAUGGAAUUUGAAUUGCAAAUACGAAUCCGAACUGUGUACUUGUGAAUGUAUUUUGUGUCAAGGGUCGGUGAAGUUGCAGGUAGCUGAUAGCUGGUACGGCACGUCGGCCGACACGGGCAAACAACAGCGUAUGGGGAACCUGACGGCGCGAUCACGGAGUUUUUGAAGACAAAUCAGAGAAGGAAUGGAAUAUCGAAAAAAAGUAACGAUGACAAAAUUCCAGUGACAUUCUACAGAUACAACCAACGAGCACAGACAAUCGGUUUUUCUGAUUCAUCUGGCG